AUGUCGGCGCAGUGCUGUGCGGGCCAGUUGGCCUGCUGCUGUGGGACUGCUGGCUGCUCCCUCUGCUGUGGCUGUUGCCCCAAGAUCCGACAGUCCCGGAGUACCCGCUUCAUGUAUGCCCUCUACUUCAUCCUCGUCUCUGUCCUCUGCUGCAUCAUGAUGUCACAAACCGUGGCUAACGAGAUGAAAGAGCACAUUCCUUUUUACGAAGACAUCUGCAAAGGCAUUAAAGCCGGUGACACCUGUGAGAAGCUGGUGGGGUACUCUGCGGUGUACAGAGUCUGCUUUGGAAUGGCCUGCUUCUUCUUUAUCUUCUGCCUCCUGACCUUAAACAUCAACAACAGCAAGAGCUGCAGAGCCUACAUUCACAACGGCUUUUGGUUCUUCAAGCUCCUGCUCCUGGGGGCCAUGUGCUCCGGCGCCUUCUUCAUUCCCGACCAGGAGACCUUCCUGAAUGCCUGGCGCUACGUGGGAGCCAUCGGGGCCUUCCUCUUUAUCGGCAUCCAGCUCAUCCUGCUCGUCGAGUUCGCACACAAAUGGAACAAGAACUGGACUGCAGGCACAGUUCACAACAAGCUGUGGUACGCCUCCCUGUCCCUGGUGACCCUCAUCAUGUACUCCAUCGCCGCCGGAGGCUUGAUUCUGAUGGCCGUGUUUUACACACAGAAAGAUGGUUGCAUGGAGAACAAAAUCCUCCUGGGAGUGAACGGAGGCCUGUGUGUGCUGAUUUCACUGGUCGCCAUCUCGCCCUGCGUCCAAAAUCGGCAGCCACACUCCGGGUUACUGCAGUCUGGUCUCAUAAGCUGCUAUGUCACAUAUCUCACUUUCUCAGCUCUGUCCAGCAAACCUGAAGAAGUGGUUUUGGACGCCCAUGGGAAGAACAUCACGAUCUGUGCGCCUGCCUUUGGUCAGGACCUGUACAGGGACGAGAACUUGGUUACUGGACUGGGUACCACUCUCCUGUUUGCGUGCAUCUUAUAUUCCUGUUUGACAUCGACCACGAGAUCGAGUUCUGAUGCUCUGCAGGGGCGCUACGCAGCGCCCGAACUGGAAGUGGCUCGGUGUUGCUUUUGCUUCGGUCCCUACGGAGACGCUGAAGACCCGCAGAAUAUGAAAGAGGGGCCGGGCGUCAUCUAUGACGAGAAGAGAAGCACCGUCUACAGCUAUUCCUAUUUCCACGGAGUCUUCUUCUUGGCUUCCCUCUAUGUGAUGAUGACCGUCACCAACUGGUUCAACUACGAGAGUGCCUACAUCGAGACCUUCUUCAGCGGGAGCUGGUCCAUCUUCUGGGUCAAGAUGGCCUCCUGCUGGGUGUGCGUGCUGCUGUACCUGUGGACGCUGGUGGCGCCCCUCUGCUGUCCCACCCGGCAGUUCUAUGUGUGA